CGCAGCUUGAUAUGCGGGCUGUGAAAAGGGUGAGCUAUGUACGGGACGGUGCUCGGCUCGGAGUAGACGGGAGACUGUGCUAUCCGCGGCGGGGGGCAUGGCCGGGGCUCAUCCCGCAGACUACCAGAUAAAGCUGGUGAUGACUGGGGAUUCCAACGUUGGGAAAACGUGUAUUCUCACCAGGUACACGGAUAACGUCAUCCCUUCUUACAUCUCGACUGUAGGUAUUGAUUUUAAAACAAAGACAAUUAAUGUUGAUGAUAAAACAAUAAAACUUCAGAUAUGGGAUACAGCAGGACAAGAGCGAUUUCACACCUUAAGUGUCAGCUAUUUUCGUGGAGCUCAAGGUUUUGUUCUGGUUUAUGACAUCACAAACAUGGUCUCAUUUGAAAAUACAGCAUUGUGGAUGAGAGACAUACACAUGAAAGCCGGUGAAGACGUAGAGGUGAUUCUCUUGGGAAAUAAGUGUGACAAGGAAGACGAACGUGAAGUUUCAAGAGAAAGAGGGGAAAAGCUUGCCUGGGAGUUUGGAAUACCAUUUUUUGAGACAAGUGCCACAAAAAAUAUCAACGUUGAAACAGCGUUUUUAACGUUGUCAAAGGCUAUACGUUCAAGGAGGUUUUUAUUGAUUGAUCAUAAUGUGGUGGAUUUGAAAGAAUCAAAGAAAAAGGCACCCUGCUUGAUUUGUGGUUAAAGAAAACUCGGUCCUUGUACCAUAUAUCUGCAAGGGACUGAUGCUGUUGGUUUUCCCGUGUGAUAUAGACUUCUAUAAGCAAACUGGGAUAUUUUCAGAGGGUCAGCAACUCCAUAUUAAUGCCCAUGGCUUUGGAAUGGGAUGUCUGACAAUCGUUUAU